AUGCAGCAAUGUGAACAUGAAGGAUCCUGGAGUGAUUUACUGGUGUCUACCAACAACACCAUCGACGCACGCCGAGCACCGGUCCUCGUUGAUGGGAAUAAGUUUGACACGACCUCCAUGAAUAACAACAUGAUGAAUAACAACGUGAAUAACAAUAUGAUGAAUAACAACAUGAUGAAUAACAACAUGAAUAACAACGUGAUGAAUAACGCCACGAGUGACACCAUAAAGAACGCCUCGAAUAACACCAUCUCGCAGUUCGAUCUCUUGCGGGAAGUGUUUGAAGAGUACGUGAUCAAGUACUACAACUAUCAGUCUUCUGCAAUAACUUCUUCUGUUUGUGGUCGCUCCCCCUCUGCUAUUACGAAUCACUUUAAUCCGUCUCACAUGUAUAAUCGAAUAGAAAGCUUGAUAUGGGGAAGAUACAGGCAAGACCAAGAGACGAAUUGAAUGGAUGGCUAAUGUUAGUGUUGCUGGAGGUGGAGCCGGGAAGACGGAGUUGGAAGUUGCUAGUUUCUUCCCUCCGGGAUUCACAUUCCUGUUCGAGCUACGCCAUCCAUUGUUGCCGAGCAUCAUUCCUUCUAGUAGGAGAAGUAGUUCUGGUAAUGCAUUAAAAUCUUUUGAUGGAACAAAAGACGGGGGAGGAGGUCUCACCUUUCUCGGAGCACGCAGGAACGAAGCGCCCUACGAGUUUCUGCCGGCUUCCCUCUCGACGGCAUCAAUUUUGACUUCAGGAGGCUCCACCUCGUCGUUUUCAGCAGGAGCAGCAGCAGCAGCAGCAGCAGAUACUCUUUCGAAAAUCUGCACGCUAUUCCCAACAGCGCUCCACUCCGCGCUCCUCAGACGAGAGUCUCAGCUCAGAGAGUCUGAGCUCAUAGGGUCUCAGCUCAGAGAGUCUCACCAGUCAUGACAUCAUGAUGUUCCAUUGUCAACACCUGAAUUGGAGGAGGGGGACCGCCGUCCCGAGGUUUAUCGACAGAUUACAUUUUUGCGAACAGCUUACGAAGCAGUGACUCGGCUUUCCUGGCGGCACGAGGGAUUCGUGUACCGAGCGGGGGGGGGGUUACGCUGUAAAAUCCGCAACCCGAAGUUUGUGUGCUUUUAUGACUUUAAUUUAUUGAUGUCUACGUGCAUAUCUGUAGUGUUUUCAUUGGAGAUAUGCGACGCAGAUAUGAACCAACUAAAGCGCUAAUGCUUGCGGGAGAAGAAUUUCGGGUGCCUGAAGAGCGCGCUGUGGAUCUACUCGGAUCCGGAUUGGGUGGCCAUAUUACACCGCUUUCCAGACUUUACACCAGAAGUGCAAGAGCUGCGCCAAAAACCGCGCUUUCUGCAGAAAGGAAACGUCUUCAAGGGGGCAGAGGGGGGGUUGAGGGUUCUUCUAGAGGACUCGGGCGGUCGAAUUCGGUCUGGAGACGCAGCAUUUGAAGAUAUUGUUACUGGAGGGAUGAAAAACAAAAACAAAACCAAAAGCAAAAAUCAUAAUAAUCAAGAUAUAUAAUCAUGAUAAUCAUCAAGAUAAAAAUCAUAUCAACACGGUAAAAAUAAGAAUUUUCUGUUAUGAAUCAACAUGGUAAACCCUAAACCCUGGGUUAGGGUUUAGGUCUCUCGAAACUCAUCUUCACGCACAUAUUGUUUUCGAGUCUUCCCUACAUCCAUCGCUCUUAGCAAUCACGCGCACACACAUUGAUACUACGAGUCGAGCAAGUAUGUCAUGAUAAUUCACUGAAACUUUCAACAGCACACCAAAGCUGUAUUCGAGAAACGUUUGUCAUAGAAUUAAAACUAGAAAUUUAACUCUAACUCGAAAUUAGCAGUAGUUGAAUUUGCAUAAGCGUGUCGCCCUUUGCAUACCUGCUAAGUCCAAUCCCGUCGCACUUUAUGGUAACAAAAAGCAGUGAAAUCAUUCCACUACUACUUGGAACAUAUUUUAUUUUUUCGCGCGGUAGUAUUGCAUUGGUAUUAUCUACACCCA